CCGGUCCCUCCCCCUCUGCAGCAGCUGAUUGGCUCGCGGAGUCUCCGUGUUCGAUUUGGUGAAGUUGGCUCGGCUGCUCGCUGGAAGGCUAUGACGGAGGAUUGGCUGUGGAAGGGGCUCGGAGCGCUUUCUCUUAGGAACUGUGGCUGUGAUCCAGGUGGCCCGGCCAGGCUCCCCGCUGCGUUCCGCCCGCCUCGGGCAGCCAAGACAACCAGAGCACCUGUGAUGGGAACUCCAGCCUCUGUGGUAAGCGAGCCACCCCUGUGGCAGGUUUCAACAGCUCAGCCCCGGGGCCGGGGCCGGGGCCGCGGCCGCAAGCAGGCCUCUGCCAACAUCUUCCAGGAUGCUGAGCUGGUGCAGAUCCAGGGCCUGUUCCAGCGCAGCGGGGACCAGCUGGCUGAGGAGCGGGCCCAGAUCAUCUGGGAAUGUGCAGGGGACCACAGAGUAGCUGAGGCGCUGAGGAGGCUGCGCAGGAAACGGCCGCCCAGACAGAACCAUUGCAGCCGGCUCAGAGUGCCAGAGCCGGGUUCUACAGCGGCGGACCCACAAGCCAGCACCACUGACACGGCUUCCAGUGAGCAGUUUGGGAACUCCCGGAGGACAAGUGCUAGAGUCCACCGAAACUGGAAUAAGCCAGGCCCCACUGGUUACCUCCACCAGAUCAGACACUGACCUGUGAAGGGUGGGGAGGUCCUCCCCAAAUACUGCAGGGACUUUCGCCAAAGGGCUCAUGGAGUUGUAAGAAGGACAUCUGUGCAGGCCCUGCCUAGGUGAAGAAAGUAGUAAUAAGAAUGCCCUCAGUUCAGCUCAGAACCAGCAUGUGCUGGACUGCACUUGCGGGACCUGUUCUUACUAAGUGAUGCAAUACCAAGGUUGCCCACGCAUCAGCCUUUCCGACCUAACAGUGUAACUGGGCAGCAUGGCAUUCCCCUGGAAUAAAAGUAAUAUGUACUCAAAUGCAGCAUCUCGCCGUUUCUGCCACUGACAAUUACUGUCACCACCCAGCAGUCUUUCAGUCUUGUGCCACAGGCCAGUGCAGAGGGGAAACUUGUUUAAGUGGAAAAUAAAAACAUUUGCAUCAAGA